AUGGAACAAAUAUCACACUUUAGCAGCGCAAGAGGGACGCCACAGUAUGGGGUCAGCGAGAACAUCUUCGCCGCCCUGCUCGCGGCAGCAGCAAAACAGCACAUCCCGAUUGCCUCGUCGCCACUGAACCCGGAUUUACGCGAGAGCGACCUGAAAUUUGGACGACAGAUUCGCCGCAUGAGGAAACCAAGACCAGUGACGAGAAAGGGCCCAGAGCUAUCACCCGGCCUAUGGCUGCUCCGUCGAAAAGCGGCACUCGCGCACCAGCGCACCAAGCAGUCCUCGCCUCCCCUCAAAGAGGAUAACACAGUCGUCAUCUCUGAAUUGUGCGAACCAUUGGCGUACAUGGAGGAGGGCGACAUCACCGACAAUCUCAAGGAUGCCAUGCCGGCCUUCGUCGUGGAGUCCGGGCCUCUGACACACAUUGUCUAUGCACAAUAUGUCCAACACGAUGUGACGGCCGAUUUGGAGAAACAGGCACAGGGAGAUCUCUUGCUGCCUGAGCCGUCACAAGGGGAGAAGCAACGCCAACGCCUCCGAUUUUUCUUCAUCCUGUGUGUGUUGAGCGCCUGCGCCACAUUGUUCACUGUAUUCGUCUUCGAAAUGCUCAGGAGCGGUCACUAUCUCUCGCGUUAG